AGAGAAAAAAAAAAAGAUCUCAAAGAAUUGGAGUAUUUGAAUGAAUUGAGAAAGCUAAACCUAGUUAGAAAUUAUAAAAAAGUUGUACUAUGGUAUUUGAACUUUUAAAAGUAAAAAAGUAUUUGAUUUCUCUUUUCCUUACCGAGGAGGAAAAAAUGAGGAGGAAAAAAUGAAGAUACAAACCACAUAUCUUUUCGACUUCCAACACUCAACCGUUCGAUUCCCUCCUUGCAGUGUUUCUUCAUCUUCUUUUUGGAAUAAAUUGAGAGUUAAAAAAAAAAUGCAGCGACUGUGGGAAGUGAAGGAAAAGAAGGAGAAGAAGGAGAGAAUCAUCAAAGGAAGAGAUCUAGUGGAUGUUGUCUUCUCAUGGUCUGUUCGUGAUGUCCUCAACUCAAAGCUUUACAAAGGAAAGGUUGAUAAGAUCCCUAACACAUUCCAGUCAAGCAAAGAGUAUUUUAAGUCAUUUGUUAAUCCGAUCAUCGAAGAGACACAUGCUGCUUUGUUGUCAAGUAUGGAAACUCUUAGAAGAGCACCAGCUUUCAAAGUUUGGGAAAUCAAGCCAGCCAAAGAUUUUAAACCUCCCAAGAAUCUUUAUUACGAGGUUACUUUGCAGACAGUGUCUGAUAAUACGACCAAGGGAGAUGGGAAACUGUUGGAGUUCAACGAUCUCAUUGCAGUGACUGAUAACAAGCCUUGUAGAAUCGAUGACUUGAGAUGUUCCAAUGAGCCUUACUUGCUUGCUCUUGUUUGUGGAGUGAACGAAGAUAACCCACAUUUGAUUACUAUUUUGGCUUCGAAACCCAUCGUUUUCGAGGAAGGUCACAUGGAAACAAGAAAGAAAGGCAAGGGUGUGAAGAAAAGCCUAAGCCUCUUUUGUGUUUAUUUGACCAACAUGAUGACCAAUAUUCGUAUUUGGACCGCCUUGCAUCCAGAUCCUGAAGGCGGAAACUUAAAGCUUAUAUCUAAAGUACUUAAAAGCCACAAUGAGGUUGGUGGUGAAAGUUGUGUUUCUUGCCAAGAAAACAGUGAGAAUAUUAUGCCAAAUCACAUAGAGAAAAGGCUGCGUUCUUUCAAACUGAAUACAUCUCAGGAGGAAGCGAUUUUGCGUUGUCUAGAAGCCAAAAACUGCCGCCACUCCAACAAUAUCAAACUUAUAUGGGGACCACCAGGGACCGGGAAGACGAAAACAACAAGCGUUCUGCUUUUAAACCUCUUUAAAAUGAGAUGCAGGACACUGACUUGCGCUCCAACUAACAUAGCUGUUCUGGAAGUUGCUUCAAGGGUUGUGAAACUAGUCUCCGAGUCAUUGAGGCUUGGUGGAUACGGUCUUGGAGAUAUUGUCUUGUUUGGCAACAAAGAAAGGAUGAAGAUCGAUGAUCGGGAGGACCUUUUCGAUGUUUUCCUCGAUUACCGAGUUGAUGAGCUCUAUGACUGCUUUCAGGCUUUAACUGGAUGGAGAGCAAAUGUUCAACGCAUGAUCUCUUUGCUCACUGAUCCAAAAGAAGUGUAUCGCCAAUCCUUCAUCGAGAAUGACAAGCGUCGUCCUUCGUUUAAAAAGUUCGUAGAAAAGAGGUUUAGUAAACUGAGGACGGACUUGCGUUCUCAGUUCUCAACUUUGUGUCUGCAUCUACCAACUGCUUCGCUCUCCUUUCAAGUCGCGGAGAAAAUGAAUGCCACUAAUGGUCUACUUAGAGCUAUGAAAGUUUCAGAUGUCGUUAGAGUUUCCGGGAAAGAAGAUACAAGAAAGCAAGAUUGUGUGGAGAUGUUAGGAUCGAUUUGCGAAAGCAUCGAACUUCCUGAUUUCAUAGGGAAGUUCGGACUUCAAAGACUCUGCUUAGAAAACGCGUAUCUGAUGUUCUGCACAGCGUCGAGCUCUGCCAAGUGUGUUAAAAGAUCAGCAACAGCCCUUGAUGAUCUUGCUAAGCUUCAAAGCAAUAAGCUUCUUUCCUUUGAGAAUUCGAUAUGGAAGGUUUUGCUUACCAACGAGUUCUUGAAAUCUCUGGAGACUAUCAUAGACUCUGAAAUUAACAAGAGAGUUAUGAGCGUUUUGGAAAAGAUAUCAAAUGGGAAGUUUCAACAAGACUCAAAGAGUGAGAAUCUGUUUAGACAAGAGGAUAUCGAUGACGGCUUAAGCCUCAUUUGGACAGUAGACAUUAUCAAGAAACAGAAUCACUAUCUCCAAGUUUUAAAGAUCUGGCAUGUUUUGCCAUCUUCUGACGUUUCUUGUGCUGAAAAAUGUCUAGAGAAGCAUUACAAGAGAUACACGAGAGUCAAGAUAGAACGGUGCAGAUACAUAUGCUCUCAAGGGAAUGUUGUUGUACCAAUGAGAUGGCCGGUCAAGUCUUGCUUAAAGAAUGACAUGAUAAGCGAUGUAUCAAGAUCGUUUGCUUUGUUGAGUGUUUUGGAUGAAGCAGAGGAAACGAUGGAAGAUGAAGAAUGUGUGGACGAUUAGAAGAAAGGUUCUACUCCAAAGAUCUUGAGACAGAUUCUUCUUUAAAGUAUUUCCUGAGUAUCAAGCCGACUUUUUCUUUCUUUCCUUUCUUCCUUAAAAAGAAAAACAAAGUGUAGUUUGCUUCUUGUGCGUGGGUGGAUUUAAAGCAAACUUCGUUUCUGUUCUCCAAUAUUAUUGUUCAGAUUUUCUAACUGAGGCAAAUGAGAUUGUCCAAGUC